CGUAUAAAAACCAAACUCUUCGGCCUCCGCUCUCUGUCUCUCUCUAUCCCGUAAAGGUUCCGUCUGUGCAGAUUCCUUCCACCGUCGUCGAAAUCCAAGUCCAAAAGUCAUGGCCGUUACCUUUAAGGAUCUUCACACCGAGUCUGGGCUCAAAUCCCUUGAUGAGCAUCUUGCUGGGAAGAAGUACAUAUCUGGGGAUCUGAUCACUAAGGAUGAUGUGAAGGUUUACGGCGCUGUUACGAAGGAACCCAGCUCCGAUCUGUACCCUAAUGCCAGCCAAUGGUACCAAUCUGUCUCCUCAAAGCUCAGCGCAAGCUUCCCUGGAAAAGCUGUUGGAGUAAGAUUUGGCGGAGGUGCUGCUGCAGAAGCCGCUCCAGCUGAGGUGGCCAAGGAAGCACCCGCUGAUGGUGAUGAUGAUGACCUUGAUCUAUUCGGUGACGAAACAGAGGAAGAGAAGAAGGCAGCAGAACAGAGGGAGGCUGCAAAAGCAUCCACCAAGAAGAAAGAGAGUGGGAAGUCAUCUGUCCUUUUGGAUGUCAAGCCAUGGGAUGAUGAGACUGACAUGAAAAAGCUUGAAGAGGCAGUUCGCAGCGUUGAAAUGGAAGGGCUUUUGUGGGGAGCAUGUAUGUUCUCUUCUGUUUACUCUUUCUAGGUUUCAAAUGCAAAGUUGCUUUCACAAUAACCUCUGCAUUUGUUUUUUUUCCUGCCUGUCAUUUUAUGCUAGUCUUAUGACUACCUUUGACCCAAAUGAAAUGAUUAAGGAUACUGUUAGUCUAAAAUUCCCUUGUAAUACUACUUCCCAUUUCCCCCCAUGUGCCCUUUAAUCUAUUAUUGGUCAUAAUUUAUGUUUGAUUGUUAAGUGAAGCUACUUUCUAUAAUCUUUGUAUACACUGAAAGGCCCCGGUAGAGUCGGAAAGUCACCUCAUGAGACACUGAGAUUUUCUGUUUACUCUUGUGCAGCGAAAUUGGUGCCUGUGGGAUAUGGUAUUAAGAAGUUGCAGAUCAUGCUUACAAUUGUGGAUGAUCUUGUCUCAGUCGACGAUCUCAUUGAGGAACGUCUUACUGCCGAGCCCUGUAAUGAAUAUGUUCAAAGUUGCGACAUCGUUGCCUUCAACAAGAUUUAAGAUCAGUUCCAGGAAACUAUAAGUUUUGUUAGGAUCUAUGUACUCUUUCGUGAUCUGGGAUUUAAAAGAUUUUGCUUGUGGCAUGUGACAUGCGUGAUUGAUACUUGUUGCAAAACUACAUAUAUUAGAACCUUGGUCUCCUGAUUGAGUAUGGGCUUUAAAUUUUGGUCAAACUAAUUUUUACCCAGGUUUUUGUUUUCUGAUUUCGCAAACUAAGAACUUACCGCCUGCUUUAAAUUACCAGAAUAACUAGACAAAUCAGGCUCUUUGAACGCCCUGGAUAUGUAGGUUUUUUUUUAUAAAAUUAUCUUUAAGACUAGCC